AUGGACCUCGCUGCCUUCGACGUGUUCAACGCCCCCUCUCCCCACGACAGCUAUGAUAUUUACGACGGCAAAACUUCACCUGGCAGUAGUCUCGGUCGGCUAAGCCCCUUCUUUUUAGAUACCUCGAUGGUAGACGACUCGGCCACCAAGGAGGCGUCGCGCGAACCCUCAACGACGACGCCCGCACCCGUCUCCGAUAACCCUCUCGAUGCGCCAGACGGGCCCAGACCCGAGGCUGAAGAUGCAGACGGCCAGGACGACGAAGAGAUGGGCGGCGUCGAGGACGCAAAGAAAGACAAGGACGGAGCUGCUGCAGACCCCGAUGCACAGGCAACCGCAGACCUGCAGGCCACCGCGCGCUCCCAUCUCGUUGCCCAGACCUAUGCGACCAUCAUCCCUAGCUACGCGACAUGGUUCGACAUGCGCUACAUUGACCGCCGCGAGAGCAAGGCCCUGCCAGAGUUCUUCAAUGGCCGCAAUCGCAGCAAAACGCCUGCUGUGUAUCGCGAUUACCGCGACUUCAUGAUCAAUACCUACCGCUUGAACCCCGAUGAGUACCUCACUGUCACAGCCUGCCGUCGUAACCUGGCAGGCGACGUGUGCGCCAUCAUGCGCGUGCAUGCGUUCUUGGAGCAGUGGGGAUUGAUCAAUUACCAGGUUGACCCUCAAGAGCGCCCCUCAAACAUUGGUCCUCCAACCACAAGCCAUUUCCGUCUCACGGUCGAUACCCCGCGAGGACUGCAAGCGUUCCAGCCUGCGCCGAACUCGAAGGUCACAGAGGGAAAGCCGCAUGCCGGGACCGAGCGCGCUGCCAGCCAACAACCCACUGCAAAGAGUGAGACCAAGACCUUAGUGGGCCGAAACAUCUACGAGUCGAACGGGAAGGAGGUUUCUGCCGAGCCUGAUAAGCCGGCGGCGAAUGGCGAAGGUGCGAGCAACGGUGCUGGUGGGUCGGUAGACCUGCAGAAGCUCGAAAAGGAGACUCGUGAGCCUGCGAAAAAGGUCAUAUGCCACUUCUGCGGAAUUGACUGCAGCCGCCUUUACUACCACCACACCAAGACCUCGGAUGUACCCGGCCGUCAAAACCGCGAAGAGCUCUGCCCGAGAUGUGUGGUCGACAAGCAUUAUUCCAGGGGCCUCAACUCGGAAGAUUUUGUCAAGGUUGACCGAGGAGACUACCCACCUACACCCGAUGUUGAAGAUAACUGGACUCAGGAGGAGUUGCUGCUCUUGCUCGAAGGCCUGGAGAUGUGCGACGAUGACUGGAAUGGCGUCGCUGAUCAUGUCAUGACCAAGACGCGUGAACAGUGCGUGAUGAAAUUCCUGCAGCUGGAGAUCGAUAGCAAGUACGCCGAGCCAGAAGGUACGCAAUCAGAAGGAGGUGCACCAUCAACCAAGUUCCUCCGCGACCUAGAAUAUCUCAAGGAGGGCCGUCUACCCAUCUUCCAUGGCGACAACCCUAUCUUGAGUGUCGUCGGCUUCUUGGCAGGACUCGCACCGGCGAAUGUAUCAGAGGUUGCUGUGGCUGCCAACCGGAGCGUUGCACAGAUGAGGAAAGAUCUCAAUGACAAGAUCAACAACGUCCAGUCCGGUGCAAGUGACAAGGGUAAAGAGAAGGCGGCAGAAGGUGAAGUCAAAAAUGAGGACGCCAUGGAAGUCGAUGCUGCACAGUCCGCUGAAGCAGAGCGGGGCAUCGUCAGUGCCGACCCGCAGGAGAGCAACCCUCUUGCCACGCUUCCCUUCGCCCUCUCAGCUGCCCGCUCCGCAGCCCUAGCCUCACACGAGGAACGUCACAUCACACGACUGGUUUCCGGUGCCGUCAAUCUCCAGUCGCAGAAAUUGCAACUCAAGAUGCAGCAUUUCAACGACUUCGAGAAGCUGCAUGCGGCCGAGCGUCGCGAUCUGCAGCGCCGCCGCCAGCAGCUCUUCAUGGAUCGUUUGAGCUUCCAGCGACGAGUACGUGCUUUGGAAGAGGCAACCAAGAAGAUCAGCAGCACCCUCGGUGGACCUGCUGGUCUACCUGGAUCUGUCAGCCCUGAAGAUGCGGUCAAGGCGCUUACUGAUGCUAUUGCGCUCUUUGGUGUUGGCAAGGGCGAGGAGGGUGUUGGCGUGAAGAGGGACAGCGUGGAUGGCAGCGUGCAGCCCAUCGCAGAAGGCGCCGAAGGAUUUGGCAAGCACGAGCUAUAG